AUGGAGUGCGGUGAGGAGGAGUCGGCCGUGAGUUUCCUGCAGUAUGUGGAGGACAGUGGGCUGAGAACAUAUGACGGCCUGGUCAUUCAGAACGCCUCGGACAUCGCCCGCGAGAGCGACCGCAUACGCAACCACACCAACUGGGCCUACCUCCAGGAGAAACACGAGAAAAAGAGACGGCAGGAGGAAGCCAUAAAGAGAAUUGGUGAGGAUGUCGCCCGGGUGACAGAUGGGGGCGGGUACGCGGGAAAGCAUUUUAGGAUGGGCUUCAUGACGAUGCCCGCCCCCCAGGACCGCCUCCCGCCGGCAUGCGGGCCGGGUUUUACCGUGCGCUCCCAAUCGCUGCACUCAGUGGGCGGAGGAGACGAGGAGGGCAGCCCCACCUCCCGAAAACAGCCUCCACCUAAACCCAAGAGAGACCCCAACACCAAGCUGAGCAUCUCUUCAGAGACAGUCAACACAGGCCUGAGCACAGGCAAAGCUGGCAAAGAACUAGACAAGACUGACGCUUCUAAAGGUCGUCCAUGCAGCGAGGAGUACAGACGGAUGCCUCCACCCAAACCCAAACGUAACCCCAACACCCAGCUCAGCACUUCCUUCGACGAGUCCUACAUCCAUAACCACGGAAGCAAGAACAAAUCCUCCUCUUCCUCCUCUCUGUCGCGUCGACAGAAAAAGGCCUCGUCUCAGACCCAGAGCCCAGCCCGGGACACGGACGACGAAACCGAACCCGUCUACAUCGAAAUGGUUGGUAAUAUCCUUCGGGACUUUAGCCACAUCACCGGGGGCAACGCCGACGAGGACGACCAAAAUGAGAGCGUUUACGAGGAGAUGAAAUAUCCUGCUUAUGAGGACAUGCCCUCUGACCCCAGCCACGCCCGCUGGGAGCAGUGCCCCACCCCCGUGGUUCCUGACGUGGAACUGACUCGAGCCUCCACCCCUAAAGGCUCCGUGUGUGACAUUCCUGCCCCCUUUCCCAAUUUACUGACUCACCGGCCCCCCCUGCUGGUCUUUCCACCCGCCCCCGCCCAAUGUUCCCCCAAUUCAGAUGAGUCUCCCCUCACCCCUCUGGAGGUCACCAAGCUGCCCAUGCUUGAGAACGUGGCCUACGGGAAGCCAGGGUCCUCCCCAACCACGGGUGACCCGGGGCAACCGGGGGCGUCCUCGUCAUCAGGGCAACAUCACCAUCAUCACCAUCAUCACCAUCAUCAUCACAGGAAAUCGGAGAGCAAAGACCUCCCCUCCACUCACACCAUCACGGUCUCGGGCCGCUCCUCCGCGCCUCCGUUGCCCUCGGCGUUGUACAAGAGCUCCUCCUCGGCUCACGGCUACCCGCGAUCCCACUCGGCGUGUCCGUCGCCGGUCAGCAUGGGCCGUGCCCUGACCCCCCUCAGCCUGAAGCGCCCGCCCCCCUACGACGCCCUCCUGACGGGCAGCAUGCCCCGCAGCGCCUCCAGCGUUCCGCAUGGCUCCAAGAGCGGAGCGCUCUCCAAUUCCUCCAGCCUGCACGGAGGAUCCAUGCAGAACGUUUCCAUGGCGUCAGGUUCGGGUUCCAGUUCCAGUUCGGGGGGUCGCGGCUCUCGCACCCCGACCAGUCCGCUGGACGAGCUGAGUAACCUGUUCACUUCGGGCAGGAGCAUGCUGAAGAAAAGCUCAGGAGGACGCAAAGGCAAAGAAUCUGCCGAUGGCGAGGGGAAGAGUAGGAGUCACAGUAGUGAAGGGAAGGAGAGAGCUCAUCACUCCAGUAGGGAGUCGCCUAAAGAAUGGGACAUGCCCUCAGGACAAUCGACCACUCCCACCGCCACGCCCAGCCGAUUAGGCCGCUCUUCCAUCAGUCCAACCACCAUGCUCGGAGGAGGAGCCUCAGAGCCAAAGGCAAUCUGCAAACUGGGCCGCUCUGCUUCCACAUCAGGAGUGCCCUCCCCUGUGGGAACACCUCAGAGACACGCCCCCGAUGCCUCAGCCAAUCAGAGCGGGAGCCCCUGCCAGAUGCCCCCAUUCCCCUGGGCAUGUGGGGACAGUACUAUGAUGGAGAUGAUUGAGAAGAAACGCACCCUGUGCAAGGAGAUCAAAGCUCGCCAGAGACCUCCAGAUAAGGCUCUGUGUAAGCAGGACAGCAUGCCCAUCCUACCCAGCUGGAAGAAGACCAACGGGGGCAAGAAAUACGGGCCUCCCCCUUACUCUACCCAGACCACCGUCUUCUGGGACACUGCUAUCUGA